AAACUACGGUAGUCUACUUACAAGAUCAACUGUAGUCGAAUAUUAUAUAGGGGGCCUAUAACUUAGUCCAAAGUGCAUCGUUGUGUCAUAUCAGAUGCAAACAGAAAAACCCUACUCCAGAAUGAAUCACAUGCUGCCAGUCAUCGCUGCUACCAUUUUGAUAACUGCUGCUGCGCUUUCAUCGUUAGAGCCGUCAACAGAAGUGUCGAAAGGAUACGCUUGCAAUCGGUGUUUGUGCAAGACAAUUCGAAGACGUCUUGUAGCUAACUGCAUCUCGAGGAAUUUCUCCUCCGUUCCAGAUAUACCAAAUUCUAGCCUCAUCGACGUACUGUUAUUAGAUUCCAACAAUUUGAGGGAGCUGGAUGCUGGAUGUUUUUCACAGUACCCUAAGCUCGACACACUGAGUUUGACCGACAACGUUAUAGAGACUAUACACGCUGGAGCAUUCCUGAACUUGCAGAAUCUUCAAAUGUUGAAUUUGACAGGGAAUAGGCUGAAAUAUUACAACAGUAUUUGGAAAAAUAACACCUUCGAAUUUCUUCACAAUUUGAAGGUGUUGUCACUGAGCCGCAACGCUGACAAGCGUUAUACAAACCAGACAUACCCCGAUGCUGCGUUGUCCAGUGUUGCAUCGUUGGAACAUCUUUAUUUGGAUGGUUUGACCAAUCAGAGUUUUGAAAAAGGAUUUUCCAAAAUGGCUUCUCUCAAAGAACUGAGCUUUAGAAAUGGACAUUGCAAUCUCCAGAAUUUGUUCAACAAGACGUUUGUAAAUAUCAAGCAAGUAUCUCAUCUAGACUUGUCAAAUUGUGCCAUUGAAUAUAUAGCAGCCGGGGCGUUUCUACCACUUAGAAAUUCCUUAACACAUUUAGAUAUUUCCUACAACAGGAAACUUGGGUUCGAUCAGGUUGGAAUUGGCGCUUUCGGGUGGCAAAACUCACGAUUGCAAGUAUUGAACAUUACCGGCAUUGAAGCAGAAUAUGCCAUUUGCAUCAAAAUCACAAAAGAACACUUAAAACACUACACAAAUACAAGCAUUGUAGAAAUAUACGCAGAUGAAAACAAAAUAGAGGCAUUUGAAAAGAGAGCAUUGCAACUCUUGCCCUCAAGUUUGAAAAAGGUGUCUGUGCAAAGGGAAAGGUUUGUAGCUGGCCUAUACCUGCACGAUCUGGACUCACUAGUAGGGUUAGAAGAAAUUGAUAUCAGUGGGGAAAAAGGAUCUCGCAAAUUUCCUGAUUGGGAAGCUAGAACUCUAGUGACAAAGGCUGACUGUCUCGCGGAUGACGAACCAUUAUGCAGUGAGUUUGCCGCGAACCAAUACAAGGUACAAGCCAUGGAAGAUGUAUCAGGCAUGUCAGAUACGUCAAACUCUAACGGACAUAAAGCUAUAUUUAUAUCUCUACCCCCAAAUCUGAAAACAAUUAAAAUGACAUUCAGGCAAAUGUUCUUCCGCAUUUCUGAACUGAUUAUACUUAACAAUAGUUUAACAGAGGUGGAUUUUUCACACAAUUUGCUUACGAGGUGGAUUGGGCCAAUCGAAGGACUACAGAAACUUAAGAAACUGGAUCUUUCAAACAAUUUUGCUACUGAUGCCAAACCAAGCUUCUUUCGAAAUUUCCACUCGCUUUUGUCUUUAAAUAUCUCUUGGAAUCUUUUAAGUUACGUUAUAAUCCGGGACAGAGAUGGAGGGUUAUUUGGUAAUAUGACAUCUUUGCACGUCCUUGAUUUAUCUGGUAAUACCAUACAAAAAUUGCCGCCCCAUUUGCUUGACGGUCUUUCAAAUUUACGAACAUUAGUUUUGUCCAGAAACUUUCUUUAUUCUGUGAAAGUGCAGGUGAAGCAUAUGAAACACCUAAAGAGAGUAGACUUGUCAUAUAAUAUGUUACGCUGGCUCUCAUGGGAUUUCACAUCAGACCUUGAUGCCAUCGCUGACGCCGGAACUCACACAGUACAUAUGGAUCUAAGUUACAAUCCCAUUUCGUGUGAAUGUGCUAAUCUACGUUUUCUGACAUGGAUGCUCAAUUCAAAAGUAAAACAACGCUACCAAAGAAAACGAUAUUAUUGUCUUGACGAGCACGGAAAGAACUUCAGCUUAGCUCAUCUUGAUACAGUUCUUAAGUCGUUAAAAGAUUCGUGUACGAGAAAUUUCGGUUUAACAUCGGGUAUCUCUGCAAUUGUCAUUUUAUGCCUGAUCCUCCUCCUCGGUGGCUUCGCCUACAGGAAUCGCUGGAAGCUUAGAUAUUGGUAUUACGGAGCCAGGUAUAAUUACAAACAUAUUAAUUCCGAUGAGGCAUUAGGCAAUUUCCAAUACGACGCGUUUGUAUCAUAUGCCCCAGAAGAUAAGCAAUUCUUUGAUAAUGAGAUGAAGUCUAAUACAUUAGAAAAGAGACUGAUUACUCGGGAUGACAUCCCUUCUUCAGAACAGCCUUUAGAAAAAAUAGGUAAUUUGAUUCAGCAGAGUAGAAAGACCGUGCUGCUGUUGUCAGAACACUUUCUGGAAGACGAAGAGUGCAAACAAGAAUUACAGGCGGCACUUCCCGAACAUCUGAACGCCAAGCGAGAUCUCAUUCUGAUGAUCUUGUUAGAAGGUAUGCCACGAGAGAAGAUUCCAGAUGAAAUUAAACAUUUACUGCAAACAGAUUCUUACAUUGAGUAUCACGAGGAUAACAAGGAUACAUUUUGGCAACGAUUCAAUAAGGCUAUUUCACCUAGAGAAGUUGCAUAAACGUAUAAAUGCAUAUAUGUAUACAAGUAGCGAGAAGUCUUCAAGUGUUCCAAUCCAGACAUUUUGAAAACAAUUUAAUAAGGCUAUUUCAACAAGAGAAGUUAAAUAAACUAUAAAGGUUAAAAGAAAGGGAUCGAAGAGAAUAUCUUUUCUUUAGAUCCGUGUAAAAGAUGACCCGUGGUAAAUGUAUGGUCUCCAACAUAACACGUGGAAGAUAACUAUUGAAACUUGUGAUUGGUUGUUCCACGGUGGACACCCGGUCACCAGCGCCAAACCAUCCAAUGUUAUAAGGACGUCCGAAAUUGAUUGUUCUGUGACGUGUGAGUUCACUUGAAAGUGAUUACAGUAUGAGGCGUAAGUUUACUGCCGCCCAAGUGUCGUUUUAGUUUGAAAUAAAACAUCUGCCCCAAGUUCAACCAGCAAACGUUUCACUGACGUUCGUGAACUGUUUCGUUGGUUCCCGAAAUGGUAAAUCGCUUUAUUGUGUAGUGUACAAAUAAGUCUAGCGAACGUUAGCGACAAGCGGUUGACUGAAUUUACGCCUGGUUUUUGAGUAUCUAUAAGAAAUAGAUCACUACAUUGUCUUACACACCCGUUGGUGAGAACACCAUGCGUUAUUUUUGAUAACACACCAUGUUUACAAAUGUGCGUGCGUUAUCAUUUCUAGACAUACGACUGGCUGCUCCUAGGUGAUGACCAGGUCACCACUGUCUUACAUACAGUGCAAAUCUACACGAUGAAAAUCAGUUAUGUUGUGACGUAUAGUUAACCUGACAAUAAUGGGUCUGUGACGCGUACGUUAGCUACAAGUGCAACGGCUGUAAAUGACGUUUAGUCGAAAAAGAUGUUAAAACAUGUUUAAAACCUGGU